AAUCGUAGAUCCAGGCUAAAAAGCAGUGUGGUAGUAGCGUUAUUAGUACUAUUAGUAAUAGUAUUACUUAAGUAUUGAUAGAAAUUAAUAAAAACAUCAUAACCCGAGUGCUUUCGAAAUGUGGACCGUUCUUCUUCAGCUCAGGGGCAAUCUGGAAUUUUAACUUGUGUUUAACAAUGAGCACCCUAGAAAAUAUAUUGGAGUCAAGAGAUGAUGUUGUGAAGGGCAAGCUAGCAAUCUUUAUUAAAAACCAUACAGGAGAAGAUGCAUUAGGGGUGAUAGAUGAGAUUGUCCUCAGCUAUGUGAUGAGUUUGCUGGAGACUCUAGGAAAUAUUGAUGAAGGUGAUGAUGCUUUUGAUGUUGACAUGUUCAGUGAGAUGAUGGCUGCUUACAUUCCAGCAUUUAGUACAAUUAAGAGUGAAGCCAUUUGUGAGUGGAUGUUUGAGCUAGCUAGGGAAAUGAGAUCUACGUGUACCAAUAAAGUUUUCCCAGGGAAUUUUAAAGUCUGUCACUCUCAGAAUCACAGUGUUUCCAGUAGAAGUUGUUUCUUGGCAGAGACCACUGCUAACCAACUGGAUCCUUGUCGUACACACAAUAGUUCUUCUAGUUCUUCACAAAACAUUAGCAUUUCUAGCAAAUCAGAAGAGUUCUUGAGCAGUAAUACUGUGGAAGAACUAGAUAUAUCGCACCAGAUUGAAAUACUUACAGAAAUGUUUCCUAAUGCCUGUAUGUCAGAAAUUCAGCAUUGUGUGAGCAUUUCUGGUGAGGAUUGUGAAAAGGCAGCACAACUGAUUCUUCAAAGGCAGGAAACAUCUAAAAACUUGACAAGUCCUUUGGUAAAGAAUUCAAACACAAAACCUAAAACCCAUGGGCCAGCAGAUAAUGUUCUUGAUAAUGAGAAAUUGAAACACCAGAUCCUCAGCAAGUAUGGCUACAUUGAUCAGGAUGAUGACGUGCGAAAACAUAGACCAAUAACACCCAAAGCAGAACCUGAAAAGUUGGUCCGUUACCGUGACAAUAAAGUAGUGAGUAUGAAAGGUGAAAGAUAUUCUAAUAUAAAGAAAGAAGAAUCUGAAGAAAUGAAAAAGACUUAUAUUUCUCUCAAGCCAGCUCGUCAAUACCGAUUUCACUAAAUAUUACUUUCUUUAAAAAAUUUGAUUUAAUGAGAAAAAAAAUUUAUGCUAAAGAGUGUAAAAAAACAUUGGUGGUGGAAGUAAAAAUUUAUUACUUUUGAGUUGGAUUGAUUGAUUCUAGAAUGGUUUUUUAGGUGAUAAAUCUGCUCCUUGUCACACCUUAAUAUUCUGAGUGUAAAAAUGCAGGUUUUGCUUGAGCAAACAGGAUGUUUCUAUGUGCACUGGAUAAUUAUAUAACCAUAGUCUGGUUUUUAUGACAUUUGAUUUCCUUUAUCAGCACAAUUCACCUGUUUUAGUAAGUUCUUUAUAUUCCAUCGCUUAGAUUGCUAAUAAAAAUUCAAAACUUGGUAAAAGUUAAUGUGCUAGUUAUCAUUCAUCUUGCAGAUACUGGAAAUAGCAAAUGUAAAGAAUGUUAAAGUGGUUCUGUUUGUAGACUGAUACAGUGAUAUUUUCUUAAGUUUUAACUUGUAUACUGUUUUGGUGUGUGUUGAUGAAACAAAUGUAUAAUUUGUGAUUCAUUAAAUAUGUUAGGCUAAUAUCUAAGCAGAGUAAAGCACAGAAGCCAAACAGGGUAUAACCAUUUUGUGGUAGAUUGCAAAAAAAAAGAUAAUUUUCCAUGUUUU